AUGAAUUUUAAUUAUUUAAUUUUAUUAAUUUUUUUACAUACGAAAAUCUAUGCACUUAAACCAAUACAUUUAACAAUUGUUGUAUGUGGUGAUAGACUUGAAGAAGCACUUAAUGCAUUAAAAUCAUCAUUAAUUUUUACACCAUCACCAAUUAUUUUUCAUGUUUUUACUGAAGAUCAUUUAAGAGAACAAUUUACAGAAAAAAUUAAUUCAGAAUGGCCUAUUGAAUAUAAAUCAAAAUUUCAUAUUGAAUUUUAUCAAAUUCAAUAUACACGUGGAAAUGAUGAACGAUGGAGAAAAUUAUUUAAACCAUGCUGUACUCAACGUUUAUUUAUUCCAGAUAUACUAACAAAUAUUGAUUCAGUAAUUUAUAUUGAUACAGAUAUUUUAUUUUUAAGUAAUGUCAGAAGUUUAUGGCGUUUUUUUCGAAAAUUUAAUUCAACUCAAUUAGCUGCGUUGACACCAGAGCAUGAAGAUCCAUCUAUGGGAUGGUAUAAUCGAUUUGCACAUCAUCCAUACUAUGGAUCAAUGGGACUCAAUUCGGGUGUAAUGUUAAUGAAUUUAACACGUAUGCGUCAAGUGAAUAUGGUUUCUAAAAUAAUGACUAUUUUUGAUGAAUUUCAUUUAAACAUAACUUGGGGUGAUCAAUGUUUAUUAAAUAUUUAUUUUAGUUAUUAUCCAGAACAAAUAUAUGAAUUUAGUUGUAAUUGGAAUUAUCGACCUGAUCAUUGUAUUUAUGAAAAUAAUUGUCAAAUGGCUAAAUUAGAUGGUAUUAAAAUUAUUCAUGGUUGUCGUAGUGCAUUUCAUAAUGAUAAAUAUCAAGAAUUUAAAUCUAUUUAUCAAGUUAUUCAUAAUUGGAAAUUUGAUUCAAAUUUAAAAAAUUCAUUACUAACAAAAAUAAUCAAUAAUUUAAAAAAUUAUUCAUUAACUAAUUGUGGUAAAUCUCAAAAAUUAUUUAUAAAACAUUUAUCAAAAGAAAUAUCAUCAUUUAAUUAUGCAUUGAAAAAUCAAUUUCAUAUUGCAUUAAUAUUUAAUAAUGAUUGGAAUUUUAUUGAACAAUCAUAUAUUCUUCUUAAAUCUCUUAUAUUAUUUUCUUCAAAUAAAACUUAUCAAAUACAUUUACAUGUUAUUAUAACAGACUACAAUGCUCAAAAUUAUUUUUCGAAACAAACAAUAUUAAAUGUUGAUCGUGUCGUUUAUUUAAAUCCAAAUAUAAUAUUUAUAAAUUCUUUUGAUAAAUUAUGGUCAUCAUUUGAUCAAUUUAAAUCAAAACAAGCUAUUGGCAUGUUUGGUCAAUGUCAAAUUUCAGGUACUUCAAAUCUAUUACUUAUUCAUUCGAAUCAAAUGAAAAAUUUAAAAAUUGAUUUUGAAGGUGUUAAUUAUUUAUCUACAGACAAUGUAUAUUUUUUACCAUGCAAAUAUAUUCUUGAUUUUGAUCAUUGUCAAUCGAAAGAAGAUAUUUUAUUUCUUCCUGAAACAAUAAACCAUUCAUUAUAUAGAAUUUUAUAUAAAAUUAUUAGUCAAUUCGAUUUAACAAAAUCAAAUCAUUGGAAUGAUUCUAUUGAGAAUGUAUUUAAUCAAAUUGAAAAUAAACAAUAUCGAAAUGAAUUAAUUGAAUUAUUUGUAAUAAAUAAAAAAAACUAA